GGCAGUCACUCACAGUAGCACAACUCUCCAAUUGCGCAUUCACCAUGUUGUACCUUGUGGGACUCGGCCUCGCCGAUGAGACUGACAUUACUGUCCGCGGUUUGGAGGUGGUCAAGAAGGCCGAACGGGUCUACCUUGAGGCAUACACGGCAAUUCUCCUCGUGGACAAGGAGAAACUAGAAGCUUUCUAUGAACGUCCUGUUAUCGAGGCAGACCGUGAGAAGGUCGAGAGCGCUAGCGAUGAGAUUCUCGCCGACGCCGACAAGGUUGAUGUUGCCUUCCUGGUUGUUGGCGACCCCUUUGGCGCCACCACACACACCGAUCUAGUCCUCCGGGCCCGCGAACUGGGCAUCGAAUCCAAGGUCAUCCCCAACGCGUCCAUCAUGUCCGGUAUCGGCUGCACGGGCCUGCAGCUGUAUAACUUCGGUCAGACGGUUAGCAUGGUUUUCUUCACCGAGAACUGGAAGCCCUCUUCCUACUACGACCGGGUUAAGGAGAAUGUCCAACUGGGUCUGCACACGCUGGUGCUGUUAGAUAUUAAGGUCAAGGAGCCGUCGCUCGAGAACAUGGCUCGGGGACGUCUCGUCUACGAGCCUCCGCGUUACAUGACUGUCGCACAGUGUGCCAGUCAGAUGCUGGAGACCGAGGAGGAGCGCCAGGAGGGCAUCUUCGGGCCGGACAGCCUGGCUGUCGGCGCUGCUCGUGUGGGAGCAGCGGACCAGAAGCUGGUGGCGGGUACCCUGAAGGAACUGGCGGAGGUGGACAUGGGACGGCCUCUCCACAGCUUGGUGCUGAUUGGCAAGAGAGCGCACGACCUGGAGAAGGACUACAUCCAGCAGUUUGCCGUCGACCAGGCCACCUUCAACGACAACUGGCAGAAGGGCGGAUACGGCAGCAUGUAAAGCCAGCUGCAGAGAACGAAACGAGCCCAAACGAGAUGAAGAUUCAUCACGCCAAAAUGAACAUUGCUAAUGAACCACAUGCAUAAACCCGAAACACCCAAAGCCAAAGCCAUGCCAUGCCUUGCCAUAUACCAUAGCCACAUAGCCAAAUCAU